GAAUAUCUGCAUGUCUAUAUCUCUAGUUUUCUCUUUUUACUUCUUUUUACUCCAUAUGCUGUCUUCAUGCGUGAAACCUCCCAAUUUCUCUUCUCUCCCCAUGUUUUCUUGUUUCUUAUUUUGGUUCGCGUUAUUUUAAGUUUUGACCAUUUUUUGUGUGUUUUCAUUUGUUGUUGUGAAUCUUUUUAUUGGUUGUCUGGAUUUACUCAAUCUCACUCUGAUAUCAUGUCGAUGUUCUGAAGUUUGGAGCUUUGCUGAUACCUUUUUUCUUGAUCGUGUGAAUUUUGUUCUCUGUGCUUUCAAGAUCAGCUUUUGAAGGCAGGCAAAAAAUUUGGCAUUUGAACGAGAUCCCUACCACUAGUUCUACUCAUUCAAGUUUGCAAAAAAAAUGAAGUGUUUUCAGUACUACUUUAAGGACAAAUCAAGAAGCAGGGGACAAAGAUCAGCACCGGAAUUGAAACAGAGGAGUACAACGAAGACCGACGAUUCUUCAUGCACUACUGAUGGGAUGAUCAAUUCUUCAUGCUCAGAAAAUUCACAGAGAGGUAUAUCAGAAAUGUAUGAAGAGAAGGCUCAUAAUCUGAGAGUCUUUUCUUUCUCAGAGCUCAGAAAUGCAACUAAUGGUUUCAGUAGGCUGUUUAAGAUUGGGGAAGGUGGAUUUGGUAAUGUCUAUAAAGGUUCAAUCAAGCCUGCUGACGGAGAAGGUGACCCUAUUGCUGUUGCAAUUAAGAAGCUUAACGGAGAUGGCUUCCAGGGUCAUAAACAAUGGGUGACCGAAGUUCAAUUUCUUGGUGUUCUGGAGCAUCCAAAUCUUGUCAAACUUUUAGGAUACUGUGCCGUGGAUGGCGAAAGAGGUAUCCAGAGACUUCUUGUGUAUGAGUUUAUGCGAAACAAAAGUUUAGACGAUCAUCUUUUCAACAAGGCAUAUCCUGUGCUUCCCUGGAAGACAAGAUUACAAAUAAUACUUGGAGCAGCUCAAGGAUUAGCUUUUCUACAUGAAGGGUUGGAAGUUCAGGUUAUAUAUCGAGAUUUCAAGACUUCCAAUGUGUUAUUAGAUGAAGAUUUGAAACCGAAGCUUUCAGACUUUGGGCUUGCUAGGGAGGGACCAAUGGCUGGACGAACGCAUGUCUCAACAGCAGUAGUUGGGACAUAUGGAUAUGCUGCGCCAGAUUACAUUGAGACAGGGCAUCUCACAGCCAGAAGUGAUGUUUGGAGCUUCGGUGUGGUACUAUAUGAGAUUCUUACUGGCAGGCGAUCGUUGGAAAGAAACAGGCCGAAAGUGGAGCAGAAGUUAUUGGAAUGGGUAAAGCAGUUCCCUGCUGAUAGUAAAAAGUUUGGUUUGAUAAUGGAUCCAAGACUUGAAAACCAGUAUUCUAUGAGUGCAGCUCGGAGGAUUGCCAGGUUAGCAGACAGUUGUUUGUUAAAGAGCGCAAAAGAUCGACCAAAGAUGAGUCAGGUGGCGGAGACCUUGGAACAGAUAAUCCAAGAUUCAUCAGAAGGAAGCCCUUCGAAGAACAGUUUUGAAGCCACUGGAAAUGACGAUCUGAUUGACUCGAGUAAGAAGCUGGAUCAUGUAGAGGCCUCCAAGUCUUGGAAACGGCGAAUGGCACACCUGGCGAAUUGGUGGAUGUAUUACUUGUUCAAUAAUGAAGAACAAAAAGGAGGGGAUUAG